CUUCCUCUGGCACUGCUUCCGUGGAGCUCGAUGCGGAAGUCAAGCUCUGGAUUCCUGACAAACCCUUUUUCUUGGACGAACCAGACCAGACCUGAGACAAGUUUUCUAAGGAUUUCUUGUGAAAACUUAAGUGUUUGACUUGCCAGGUCAAAAAGCAUAACCAUGUGGCCAAAUCAAGGUCCUCCCCCUCCAGUGGGCCCAUCGAACCCUGCCUACCCUCCUGGCUACAACCCUGCGUUUCCUUCUGCACCUGCACCAGGAGGCUUCCCCCAACCAGGCCAGUACCCAGCUGGGAUGAACCCAGCCAUGCCACCAAAUGUACCACCAGGGGCGAUGCCUUACGGAGCUCCAGGUCAACAUCCUUAUCCAAUGGCUCCAGGUGGAUAUCCAGGGGUUCCUCCUGCAGGUGUUCACCCAGGUCCAUACCCGCACUCUCCAAAAGGGGGUCACAAAGGUCAUCACAAAGACAAAAAAAAAGGUCACCACGGCGGGAUGAAUCCCAUGUUAGCUGGAGGAAUGGCAGGAAUGGGAAUGGGAGUGGUCGGACAUAAAGCCCACAAAAAGAUGAAGAAAGCAAAGAAGGGGCACAAACAUGGGGGGCACAAACAUGGCAAGUCCUCCUCCAGCAGCAGCAGCAGCAGCAGCAGCAGUGACUCCGACUGAGCCCAUCAGUUCAAGACCAGGCUUUCACAGAAAUGCUGCUUUGCGAAAGGGCACACCUACUAUUAACAAUCAACACAGAAAAAACCUGCUCAUCAAUUUGAACAGGACUUCUGUGAAAGUGCAGUGUUUUUGCAUAUCCUGCAUUUUAUCUAUAUACACUAUAAAUGCAUGCGUAAGCUGUCGUUGUGAACAUCUGCACAGCGUUUUGGCUGUAUUAACAUUCCACCAUGUAUUUUUUUUUUCUUUUAGUUUAUGGCAUUGAUGUCAUUAUUUGAAGAGGGACUGCAGCAAUGUGCAGACAACUAUCUUAUUGCACAGCUUUGUUUUGAUUGAGAAUAUCUAACAUUACAAUUCAGUAAAGGAAAUUAUGUAAAUUAUGUAUUUUGUCUUAGGAAGAUUAACCCAAAGGUGGAGAACUAUGCAGGUAUAAGGUGUCUUUAUGGAGACACUACUGCAAAUGACUGCAGAAAAAACAAUCUGCAUUGCUUCAUGUCCGCAGUAAUUGUAAUUAUUUGUAAAGGGUUUUAACUUAAUUCUGCCUCAAUAAAUUAAUGAAAAAUGAAGA